AUGUCCAGCUUCGGUCUCUCUGGCAGCAGCUCCGGCCUCGCCGAGCGGUCGGUCAAUCAGUUUGCGGAGAAUACCACUUUGGCUUGCCUUAUCGCUAUAGCCUGGUAUAAUGCCCUCGAGCUGAUCGUCCUCUGCUUCACUACCUUCAAACGCUAUGGCGGAUGCUACUUCUGGUGUCUGCUCAUCGCUUCGUUCAGCAUCAUCCCUUUUGGUCUGGGAUACCUUCUCAUCAUCUAUGACAUCUAUACAAACCAAUUCCCCGUUGCCAUGGAACUCAUCGCCUGGGUAGGCAUGGUGACGGGCCAAUCCCUCGUCCUCUGGUCCCGACUUCAUCUCGUCGUACACAGUCCCCGAGUCCUCCGUGCUUGUCUUGCCAUGAUCAUCAUCGAUGCCAUCCUCUUCCAUAUCCCGGCUUCCGUUCUCGAGUUCGGUAGUCACUCCAACAAGUCGGAGCUCUUCACGCACGCUUUUAAUAUCUUCGAGCGCAUUCAACUUGUCGCCUUCUCAUUACAAGAGGCCAUCCUCUCUGCAAUAUACUCGUGGGAAGCAGUACGAUUAUUGAACCUCCGCCCCCGCGGCCACUAUCGAGGCACCCUGGUACAACUGUUGAUCGUCAAUUUGGCCAUGAUCCUUAUGGACGCCGCCAUCAUUGGCGUACAGUACUCGGGACUCUUCGAUAUCCACGUCACCCUCAAAGCCCUCGCAUAUAGCAUCAAGCUCAAGUUGGAAUACGCCAUUCUAGGCAAACUCGUCCACUUCACGGAGAUGAGCCACAGCACCAACUCGGCGCCUACCGACUUGUCAGAUUUCGUGGAUCUCUCCUUCCACCAGAACAACCAACGACCGGCAGAUAGCGAAAGCCAAGCGCGUUUCCUCACUACACCGGAGAAUUUUGAUGAGCGAGGAGCAGCCCCGUCCAAACAAUCCUCUAAUGAACCUAGGAUAUCUGAUAUAUCGGCCACGGGCAGUUCGAGUAACGAAAUACCGUGA